GAAAGAAGAACCCUCCCACGUCUCAAGGAGGAAAGAGGAGCCAACUUGGGGUUUCACAGCAUCGAGAUACUGAUGACGCCUCGAAAGGUCCAAAGAGCAAGACACGAUAUCACGAUACUGGCUUCCAUCGAUUGUUGCCUGCCAUGGAGUUGGGCUAAUCUGCAAUUUGUCAAGCCUGCCCAAUCGAUGUACGUAACCGACAAACACCAGAACACAGACGACAAUCGCCAACCCGCAGUCCAAAACAAAAGGAUCAAAAAGUGACCAAAGAUGGACACGCUUGGCGUCAGUGUCUUCCAUUUGAAGCACAUCUUUCUAGAGAAAGAGGUUUGCACUUGGAAGAAUAGUACAACCAGGAAUCUUCUUUCUAGGACUUCCAACAUGUACGAAAUAGAAGGCUUGGCAGGUCCUCCGGGGGUCAUUCGAACCAAAGGAGCCAACACUGUUUGCCCAAUCGAUGGGAAAAUGGGUGCUGCCUAUGUCCACUCUCUACAAGGAGAGGACCAUGUUGGAGAGGCAACUCAUAUGCUCAGCUAUUCGUGGAAUUAUUCGAUUGGAGAUAUUGUGGAUACCCUGUCAGACUAUUGCCUGGAGCAAACACUUGAUCCAAAGAGGACCUAUAUCUGGAUAUGUUGCCUCUGUGUUAAUCAGCACAGAGUCGUUGAAAUUGCUGCAAAGGAAGAGUCUGGAAUGAUUUCUGAUUCUACCCAAGUCGACUUCUUUGCCAUCUUUGGAGAAAGAGUCACAAAAAUUGGGCAUCUCUUGGCCAUGAUGGCUCCAUGGAAAGCACCCAUCUACAUCACUCGAGUCUGGUGCAUUUUUGAAAUCUUUACGGCACAUACCAAUGGGUGCAAGGUGGACAUUGUCAUGCCACCCAAGGAGAAGAAGUCUUUGGAGUGGGAUGUCUUCAACCAUAGAAAAGGCAUCAAUUUGCUAUAUGAGACUUUUGGUAACACCAAAGUUGAGAAUGGCAAGGCAUCUGUGGAAAGUGACAGGCUAGCCAUCCUGAGCAAAGUUGAAUCAGGCGAAGGUUGCUCCGUACUGAACAAUCAAGUGAAUGACUUGUUGCGGCAAUGGGUGUUAGCUGUCCUCACAGAGUUGGCGGAGACAAGAGAAGCCACUGGCAGUGAGGAAUAUAUGGAUUUUUGUAACGGAAUUGGGGUUAUCUUUGAACGGAAUGGAGAGCACAGCGCAGCUUUGAAACUCCACAAAGCUGCUCUAGCCAUUUGUCAGACAAUUCUAAAUCAGAACCAUGAAAAGGCAGGUGACUGCUACAACCGUAUUGGUUUUGUUUUGUAUGAAAUGGGUGACUAUGAUAAUGCGUUGGUGAAAAUGAAGCAAGGCCUUGCAAUUCGGAUUUCAGCAUUGGGCAAGAAUCACCCAGACACUGCAAUUUCCUACAGAAACAUUGGGCUUGUGCUGGAUUCCAAGGGGGCCUACAAAGGAGCUUUGAAAAAAUACAAGGAAGCUCUUUCAAUUCAAAAGUCAAUAUUGGGCGAGAAUCAUGCUGAAGUGGCCGCAAGCUAUAACAACAUUGGAGCUGUACUGUGGAAGAAAGGGGACUAUGAUGGUGCCUUGUCAAAGUAUCAGAGUGCCCUUGUCAUAGAAAUGUCAGUGCUGGGAAGGAAUCACCCAGAUGUGGCAACUAGCCUCAGCAACAUGGGUUCCGUGAUGAGUGCCAAGGGAGACUAUCAUGGUGCCUCGAAGAAGUUCCAGGAAGCCCUUGAUAUACGAUUGUCCGUAUUGGGGAAGGUACAUCCCGAUACUGGUAGCAGCUACAACAACAUUGGUUCUGUUCUGGAUGAUAUUGGUGACUACGAAGGUGCUUUGUCGAAGUACAAAGAAGCUCUGGCCAUUAGAUUGUCAGUUUUGGGCAAGGAUCAUCCCUCGGUGGCAACAACCUACAACAAUAUUGGCCUUGCUCUGAAUAAUGCUGGUGACUAUGAGGGUGCUUUGUGCAAGUACAGGGAAGCCCUUGCGAUUGAAGAGGCAGUAUUGGGCAAGAACCAUCCUGAUGUGGCAACCACCUACCACAACAUUGGAGGAGUUCUGUAUGAGAUGGGCGAUGUUGACAAUGCAUUGAAAAAGUGUAGGGAAGCUCUUGCCAUUGAAGAGUCUGUCUGGGGCAAGGGCCAUCCCUCAGUGGCAACCACCUGCAACAAUAUUGGCUGUAUACUGGAAAAGAUGGGAGACCAUGAAGGUGCCUUGUCAAAGUUCAGGGUGGCUCUUGCCAUAAGGCUGUUAGUCUUUGGCAAGAAACAUAGGUUGGUGGCAACAACGUACAACAAUAUUGGUUCUGUCCUCUGGAAACAAGGCAAUGGCGAUGGUGCUUUGUCAAUGUAUAACGAGGCUCUUGAAAUCAGAUUACCUUUGUUGGGCAACAAUCAUCCAUCAGUGGCAACCACCUUCAACAACAUUGCUUCUGUAUUGAGUGCUAAGGGAGACUAUGAAGGUGCUUUGUCAAAGUAUUUGAGGGCACUUGCCAUUCGAGAAACAGCUCUGGGUCAGAAGCAUCCGUCGGUGGCAACUACCUUCAACAACAUUGGCUCUGUACUCAGUGCCAAGGGUGACUACCAUGAAGCCUUGUUGAACUUCAAAGCAUGUCUUGCCAUUAGGCUAUCAGUAUUAGGUGAGAAUCAUCCCGAUGCUGCUCAAUCAUACCAUGAUAUUGGUUCAGUUUUGUUUGCCAUGGGUGACUAUGGUGAAGCCUUGUCACAAUUUGAAAGGUGCCUUACCGCAAGGGAAGCUGUGCUGGGGCCAAAUCAUCCAGACACAUUGAUUUGCUUGAAAUCCAUUGAAAUUGCCAAGGCAGCUAGAGACCACAAUCAACUAGCUAGCUAGAUCUUUUUAGAAAUGAACCGUUUCUUUACC